AUAAGAGCCCAGGCUGUCCUGGCUUCCCUGCACCCGACUUUUCAUAGGCUGGGAAAGGAAAGGUUGAGAAACUUGACAUUGUCUCGGGGCAGAGUGCGUGUAGCAACAGAUCAAAGAAAAAGAGGACGAGAAAACGUGCUCUUGGCUGCCUGUGGAUUCCGCCGCUUGCUUUUGUCUCGCGGGCUUCUGUUGGCUUUGGUGUCUCUCCCCUCGGAAGACUCCGGCGGGCGCAUUGAUGCAGCUCACUCCCUGCCGAAUGGGUCAUGGAAUUCUAAACAUGAGUCAGAUAGCUGAUCAGCUUCCUGGGAUUUUGCUGAUGACUCCGGAGAGCUUUGCCUGAAGAUGGAAACGCUCGAGUCGGAGCUGACCUGCCCUAUUUGUCUGGAGCUCUUUGAGGACCCUCUCCUGCUGCCCUGUGCACACAGCCUCUGCUUCAACUGUGCCCACCGCAUCUUGGUGUCGCACUGUGCCACCAACGAGCCUGUGGAGUCCAUCAGCGCUUUCCAGUGCCCCACCUGCCGGCAUGUCAUCACGCUCAGCCAGCGAGGUCUAGACGGGCUCAAGCGCAACGUCACCCUGCAGAACAUCAUUGACAGGUUCCAGAAAGCCUCGGUGAGCGGGCCUAAUUCCCCUAGCGAGACCCGCCGCGAGCGGCCCUUCGACGCCAACACCAUGUCCUCUGCCGAGAAGGUGCUCUGCCAGUUCUGUGACCAGGAUCCUGCCCAGGACGCUGUGAAAACCUGUGUCACUUGCGAAGUGUCCUACUGCGAUGAGUGCCUGAAAGCCACUCACCCGAACAAGAAGCCCUUCACAGGCCAUCGUCUGAUUGAGCCAAUCCCGGACUCGCACAUCCGGGGCCUGAUGUGCCUAGAGCACGAGGAUGAGAAGGUGAAUAUGUACUGUGUGGCCGAUGACCAGUUAAUCUGUGCCUUGUGUAAACUGGUUGGGCGGCACCGCGAUCAUCAGGUGGCAGCUUUGAGUGAGCGCUAUGACAAAUUGAAGCAAAACUUAGAGAGCAACCUCACCAACCUUAUCAAGAGGAACACAGAGCUGGAGACCCUUUUGGCUAAACUCAUUCAAACCUGUCAGCAUGUGGAAGUUAAUGCAGCACGUCAAGAAGCCAAAUUGACUGAAGAGUGCGAUCUUCUCAUUGAGAUCAUUCAGCAAAGACGGCAAAUUAUUGGAACCAAGAUCAAAGAAGGGAAGGUGAUGAGGCUUCGCAAACUGGCUCAGCAGAUUGCAAACUGCAAGCAGUGCAUUGAGCGCUCAGCAUCGCUCAUCUCCCAAGCAGAACACUCUCUGAAGGAGAACGACCAUGCCCGCUUCCUGCAGACUGCCAAGAAUAUCACUGAGAGGGUCUCCAUGGCAACUGCGUCCUCUCAGGUCCUCAUUCCUGAAAUCAACCUCAAUGACACAUUUGACACCUUUGCCUUAGAUUUUUCCCGAGAGAAGAAAUUGCUAGAAUGUCUGGAUUACCUUACAGCUCCCAACCCUCCCACAAUUAGAGAAGAGCUCUGCACAGCUUCAUAUGAUACCAUCACUGUCCACUGGACAUCCGAUGAUGAGUUCAGUGUGGUCUCCUAUGAGCUCCAGUACACCAUAUUCACCGGACAAGCCAAUGUCAUUAGUCUGUGUAACUCGGCUGAUAGCUGGAUGAUUGUGCCCAAUAUCAAGCAGAACCACUACACAGUACAUGGUCUGCAGAGUGGCACCAAGUACAUCUUCAUGGUCAAGGCCAUCAACCAGGCAGGCAGCCGCAGCAGCGAGCCUGGCAAGUUGAAGACAAACAGCCAACCAUUUAAACUGGAUCCUAAAUCUGCUCAUCGGAAACUGAAGGUGUCCCACGAUAACCUCACAGUAGAACGUGAUGAGUCAUCAUCUAAAAAGAGCCACACGCCUGAACGCUUCACCAGCCAGGGGAGCUAUGGAGUAGCUGGAAAUGUGUUCAUUGAUAGUGGCCGGCAUUACUGGGAAGUGGUCAUAAGUGGAAGUACAUGGUAUGCCAUUGGCCUUGCUUACAAAUCAGCCCCAAAGCAUGAAUGGAUUGGGAAAAACUCUGCUUCCUGGGCCCUCUGCCGCUGCAACAAUAACUGGGUGGUCAGACACAACAGCAAGGAGACCCCCAUUGAGCCAGCCCCUCAUCUCCGGCGCGUUGGCCUUCUGCUGGACUAUGACAGCGGCUCCAUCGCCUUUUAUGAUGCUUUGAACUCCAUCCACCUCUACACCUUCGAUGUGGCAUUUGCGCAGCCUGUGUGUCCCACCUUCACUGUGUGGAACAAGUGUCUGACGAUCAUAACUGGUCUUCCUAUCCCAGACCACUUGGAUUGUACAGAGCAGCUGCCUUGAGUGUCUGAUCACAUGCACCUGCUUUCUAGAGGAAU